AUGGCGAACAAAAUUCUCGUGGCGUACAUCAUCGCCGACUUCCUCUUCGUCCUCAUGGGCGCCCUGAUCCUGGGGUUCUCGAUAGUUGUCGGCAAUGUCAGGGACGAGAUUCCCACGGAGGGCAACCAGGCCGCUCGGAAUUUGUUAUAUCAGAAAUUUCCGUUGACGGCAGGGAUAGUGAAUGCCAUAUUCAUCUUCAUCACCUUCCUCCUGACCAUCCCUGCGCUCAGCACACCCGCCCGCGGCUGGCUCAAGAUGUCGGGUUACCUUGUUGUCGUGAACGCUAUUUUCAGCCUCGUUAUUGGUCUGUUCCUUUGGAUCAUGACCCUCAAGACCAGGGACGAUCUUUUCCCUAUCUGGGUUCAGCAAACUCCCCAGGUCCAGUCGCUCAUGGAGGUCUCGUUCAAGUGCUGUGGUUACUACAAUAGUACAGCGCCCGCCUUCGUCACAAACCAGGUCUGCCCUAGCCCAGCGGCUUCAGCCCUGAUGCGCGGCUGCGCAACCCCUAUCACCAGCUUCGCCAACGUCUUCAUUGACAACAUCUUUACUGGUGUUUUCGGCAUGUGUGGUAUCGACGGACUCUUGGUUAUCGCUACUGCCUGUCUGCUGAAGGACCGUAAGGAGCAAGAGCGCUUCCGUCACAUCGACGAGAAGACCGGGCCAUUGAGCACUCUGAACGAAAGCGACGGGGGCGGCAACUCUUGCGGUGAUCUCGGCCAGUACUGCGGAGGCACGUUCAAGGGGCUGCAGUCGAAGCUGGACUACAUUCGAGGGAUGGGAUUCGAUGCUAUCUGGAUCACACCAGUUGUUGAAAAUCACAAUGGUGGAUACCAUGGAUACUGGGCCAAGAACCUCUAUGCCAUCAACCCCAAAUAUGGCACGGCUGAUGACUUGAAAAGCCUAAUCAGGGCAGCGCAUGACAAGGGAAUGUUUAUCAUGGUCGACGUUGUCGCCAACCACAUGGGCAACGGUCCCAUCUCGGAGAACAAACCGGCACCGCUGAACCAGGAGAGUUCAUAUCACCCAGAAUGCAAGAUUGACUACUCAAGCCAGCAGAGCGUCGAGCGGUGCAGGCUCGGCAACCUGCCCGACCUCAACACCCAAGACCCGAAGAUCCGCACCCUGCUGACGGACUGGAUCAAGUGGAUCGUGUCAGAGUUCAAGGUCGACGGCCUCCGAAUAGACACGGUCAAGCACGUAGAAAAAACCUUUUGGCCCGGCUUUGCCUGGGCGUCGGGCGUCUACACCCUGGGCGAAGUGUACAGCGAGGACGUCAGCUACAUCGCGGGCUACGACAAGGCCAUGGCGGGCUUCUUCAACUUCCCCGUGUACAAGUCGCUGGGCCGGUACCUGCAGCAGGGCCAGUCGCCGCAGGGACUGGUGGACAAGCACGACGAGGUCUCGCGGCGGUUCUCGGACCCGACGACGCUGGCCAACUUCCUCGACAGCCACGACGACCCGCGGUGGCUGAGCAGGAACCGCGACGCCGCGCUGCUCAAGAACGCGCUGGCCUACGUGCUGCUGGCCCGCGGCAUCCCCGUCGUCUACUACGGCACCGAGCAGGGCUUCUCCGGCGGCGCCGACCCCGGGAACCGCGAGGACCUCUGGCGCAGCCGCUACCGCGCCGACGGCGACCUCUACCGCGCCAUCUCGCGGCUGUCGGGCGUGCGGGCCGCAGCCGGCGGGCUUACCGCUGACGACCACCUUCACCUGCUCGUCACUAAAAAUUCGUACGCCUUCAGUCGAGCAGACGGGCACGUGGUGGUUUUGACGACGAACCGCGGGUCGGGAUUCAAUGGUCAGGAGUGCUUCUACACGCGAAUGGUGGCUGCCACCUGGGAGGACAAAUUCGGUAGCGGUACUUAUACAUCUGAUGGAUCGGGCAAAGUCUGCCUUCAGGUAAAGAACGGGGAGCCAGUAGUCUUGGUUGCCAAAAAAUGA